AUGGACAACAGGGGAUGGGCAGAGUUCUCAGGAGAGGUGAUAUUUGAGCUGAAAUACCAAACACUAACAGACACCAUGGCCCUUGUAAAAACCUCAGUUCUCAUCUUUGCACAUCACCCACCAUCUGUGAAGUGGCCGAGAUCCCCUAACUUCAGGGACCAGGAUGAGCAGAAGGAAAAGCCUUUGGGGGCCCGGCCAGGUGAGCCACAGAGGUCCCCCGCCCCAUUCCAGGGCAAAGAAGCCGGAGAAAGUGGCCACAGCUGGGCCUGGAGAGGAUGGGACUGGCCGGGGGAGGGCGGGGAACACGCGGAGAGGGGAGGGGCCAGAGGGCGUGGAGCGAGCCGCAGAGGGAAGGGAGGAGGGGAGGCUGUGCUCCGGAACGAACCCAGGCUGCGAGGCGGAGGCAGCCAGGCCGCCGACGGUGCCGCCCACGCCGCCCACCCUCCCGGCUCCUGCGAGGACCGACUCCCGGACAGCGCUGCGUGCAGUAGGCGCCCGGCCAUGUUCAGCCGGAGCUCUCGGAAAAGACUAUCCAGCCGCUCGUUGACCGGACUGGGGCGGAUAGAGAGAGGACAGCCAUGUAACGCCUGUGGUGACCAGUGCCCUGGGUUCGCCUUGCAUAAAUGGAGGUCUCAGGGUCGUGCUGUAAAGAUUAUUGGAAUCCCACCUCUGCUGGAGUCCAGUUGGAGAGCCUGCGACAUCAGCUCAGAGCUAUGCAAGAAUAAUAAAGCUGAACAUUUCUCUGGAAAGAUGACCCAUUAUGUCUAAUACAUUUCAGUAUGUGAACUGAAGUCAGGCUUGAUUAUAAGCCACAUAAAAGCUUCAUUUUGAAUGUGUUCUUAGUUUUUAGAGGGCAGGUUUUUUGAUCUGGGUUCUGUCUCUGGCAGCUGGAUUCUUCCUGCUACUGUUUACCCAUUCUGUCCCACCACAAAGUAAAGAUACUUAGAAUCUUGUGUUCACUGUCGUUGGUGGUAGGAUAGGAUUUCAUGACCAUGACCACCCCAGACUCAAUGGAACAUUAAUCAUAAUAUUGGAGCUAAUAGAAAAUUAAGCUUCCUGAGAAACCUCUUUAAAUUGAAAUUUCUUUUAUGAUUGGCUAGUUCUCACUAAAU